UGUUUCUCUGCCACGUUUGGAUUUGUUGCACUUACACAAAUUAUAUGGCAAUAAUUCAAUACUUUCAACGUAUUUAAUUUGAAUACUGAGACUACAAAAUUCAAUUACAUAUAGUGCAUUGAUACACCACGUUAUUACUGAUAUUGGACUCGAGCUGACACAUCACCAUGAAGGUGAAAGAAAUUAGUCGAACUGCUAAUAUAGCUUGGUCGCCCCAGCCACAGCACCCAGUGUACAUGGUUGCAGGCACAGCAGCGCAGCAGCUAGAUGCAACAUUCAGCACGUCAGCUGCCCUGGAGCUGUACCAUCUCAAUCUUGACGAUGCUUCCCUGGACAUGCCUGUAGUGGCUACCAUACCAUCAGACUGCAGGUUUCAUAAAGUGGCAUGGGGCUGUUAUGGAGUGUCAGACAAGCUGUCAAAUGGUGUGAUAGUGGGUGGGGCAGACAAUGGUGGCUUAUUUGCUUACAACGCCGCAGAGUUCAUCAGUGGAAACCAGGACUGCCUCUUGUUCAAGAAGGAUAAACAUACCGGUGCAGUGAAAGCCCUGGAUUUCAACCCUUUUCAGAAUAACCUACUGGUGUCUGGUGGGUCAGAGUCAGAGAUAUUUAUAUGGGAUCUGAACAACCCUGACAGCCCCAUGACCCCAGGAGCAAAAUCACAGCCGGCAGAGGACGUAGCAUGUGUGAGCUGGAAUCGACAAGUGCAGCACAUCCUGGCGUCCACAUUCACAGCCAGAUGUGUAGUCUGGGAUCUACGCAAGAAUGAACCCAUCAUCAAAGUCAGCGACAGCAUGUCCAGGAUAAAGAGUAAGCAUGUAUGCUGGAACCCUGAUGUUGCCACCCAGAUGUGCCUGUCCUCUGAGGACGACCACACCCCUGUCAUUCAGCUCUGGGACCUUAGAUAUGCUACCUCACCCAUCAAGGUGCUAGAAAACCAUCAAAGAGGCAUCCUGAGCAUGGCGUGGUGCCCCCAGGAUGCUGACCUCCUACUCAGCUGUGCCAAAGACAACAGGAUCCUAUGCUGGAACCCAAACAGUGCUGCCCCCAAUGGUGAAGUUGUAUACGAGAUCCCCACAAGCCAUCAGUGGAGCUUUGACGUGCAGUGGUGCCCGCGAAACCCCAAUGUCAUCUCAAGCUCUUCCUUUGAUGGCAGUGUCACUUGCUUCUCACUCAUGGGAGGUGGUCAUCCUAUACAUCAAAUUGACAAGGUGAGCGACUCAUUCCAAUCCUCUGACCCGUUCGCCCAAGCACAGCACGCCCACCAGCAGGCACAGGUCUCCAGCCAGAACGUGAUGCCAUUGCAGAAACCACCUAAGUGGCUCCAGAAACCAGCUGGCGCAAACUUUGGGUUUGGAGGUAAACUCGUCACAUUUGAGAAUGUGAAGGGUGCGACAGGCCAACCGUCUGGGGGUCGUGUGGUGACAAUGAGCCAAAUUGUCACAGAGACAGAAUUGGUAACUGGCUCACUUCAGCUGGAACAGGCCCUCACUAACGGCCAGCACAUGGAGUUCUGUGCCAUGAAGGCCACCAACGCUAACGACACCAUGCAGGAGAGCAUCUGGAAUUUCCUAAUGAUCAACUUUGAGCAAGAGCCAAGACAGAGGUACAUUCAGCUUCUUGGAUAUGACAAAACAGAUCUGGCGAAAAAGGUCAGCCAACACACAAAAACAGAGGGAUUAAAUGAGUCUAUAGGCCCUGGUGUGGAUGCAGAUGAACUGGCACAGAAGAUGAACCAGCUAGGGACUGGGGACAGUGGCCUGAUGUCUGGACUGUCCAGCAGUGGUCAGGCUUCACCCAGUGUAGGAUCAAAGUUUCAGAACAUAAGAAAGACUCCUGGCAGUCGAGAUGAGAUGAGUUUGCCAGAUGGAGGUGCAUCUGCUUUUGAUGAGAUAGGACAGACAAAGACUGAGGCAAAGAAACAUGAGAAACCAUUAAACCUCAGUAUUGGAGAUGAUGCUGAUGGUUUGUUGUGCGAGGCGUUGCUGAUUGGAAACUUUGAGGCUGCUGUGGACAUGUGUCUGAGCGAGGACAAGAUGGCUGAAGCAAUACUGCUGGCAAUUGCAGGUGGCCCUGAGCUUCUGUCACGCACCCAACAGCGGUUCUUCCAGAAGAACGGCACCAACCUUGGCCGGCUGGUGUCCUCCAUAGUGAACCAUGACUGGCGACACAUUGUCUCUCACUGUGAGUUGGACAACUGGAAGGAGGCUCUCGCUGUCAUCCUCACAUACUCUCCUGCUGAUGAAUUCGCUGAACUCUGUGACAGCCUUGCAUCCCGCCUAGAGACAGAGGGCGAUAGGGACCUGGCGCCUUACGCGGGUUUGUGUUACAUCUGCUCUGGAAAUGUAGACAAACUAGUUGAGAACUGGUUCUCUGUUACUCCCAACAGUGGCUCACCCAUGGCUCUACAGGACCUUGUGGAGAAGGUGAUGCUGCUUCGUAAAGCUGUUGAGUUUUCCCGGGGUCAGGCCACGGAGAUCGGCACAGGGGCCCUUGCUGACAAACUGAGCAGUUACGGGGGGAUCCUGGCUGCACAGGGAUGCCUGGAUACUGCACUACGGUACCUCGGAGAAAGUUCAGAGUAUAACCUGAUGGUGCUGCGUGACCGCCUGUAUCAGGCUCUGGGACAGCCUGCCCCGGGAAUUGCUGCCCCGUCCUGCCCUUGGGAGCCCGUCUCCUUGGCCCCUCAGAAAGGAACACAACAGCAACAGCAGUCCUACAGCCGCACCGGCAUGCACCAGGCACAGUCAAACAAUACAGCUGGCAUUUCUACUGUUGGUAGUUAUUCAAGCCAGCACGACCAGUAUUCCAACCAGUACUCCAGCAUGAAUGGCAGUACUGCCCCCACAUACAGCAUCAAUAACCCCCUCACUGCCCCUGGGGCAGCGACGACCUCGUACAGUCAGGGGGCCAAGGGGACAGCCCCUAUUCCCACAUACACUCCCUCUAACACUGCCACAGGGGCUCCAUCAUCCCCUACAAACAAAGGGCCUUUAGCUCACAAGUAUCCACAGCCCAAUGCAUAUAACACAGGAGCCCCUAAUGUGUUCCAGCCUACAAACACAUACAAUCCUAUGGAUUACAAUCAACCACAACCUGCAAAUGACUAUUAUAGUGGCAGUUAUAUGAAUCCAACUAGUCAACCAAUGACGCCAAAUGUGUACAAUCCCACAGGAAGUGGUUACCCCAGCAGCCAACCUCCCAUGGCGCCCCGGACAGGUGCACAUCCCAGCGUGCAUUCGUUCCAAGACCACAAGCCCAACAUAGCGUGGAAUGACCCGCCCAUGGUCGUAAAGAAAGAGAAACAAAAUGUAUGGCAGGAGCCAACAUCAACAUCAGUUGCCCCCAUCACCAACCCGAUAUAUGGUUCCCAGCCUGGCCAGCCCCAGGGUCCAGAGCAGGGAACUGGGGCCCCAAACAUGGGCUACGGGAACUUCUACAACCCCCAAGAGUACAAACCUGAACCAAAGCAAGCCCCGAUCAUGGCUACCCAAUCGUACUCCACGAGCAAUGGCUCAAUGGCUAAGCAGCCAGAGCCAGUAGAACCUGUUAGGGAAGCUGCACCAAAACCCCCAGUGCCAGCGGAAAACAAGGUCCUACAGGAAAUCUUUGACAACCUUGUACACAACUGCCAGGCGAAGGCAAACAAUGCCCAAAUGAAGAGAAAACUAGAUGAUGUCACCAAGAAGUUGGAAAUUCUGUAUGACAGACUACGGGAAAGCUCAUUGUCGCCUGCAGUGAUCCAGGGGCUACAUCAGAUAGUUCAGAGUGUCCAGCAGUUUGACUACAACACGGGGCUGGCUGUGUAUACACAGAUGGUGAGCCAGGGGAACUUCUCCGAGAUCAGCACCUUCAUGCCUGCUCUCAAGAUGCUGAUACAGUCCGCUGCACAUCUACAGGUCUACAUACAGUGAUGAAUGUGAACUAUAGGAACACUUAAUUACAAAUGUUUAUUAUUGUUAAUUCACAAGUAUACGGAAGCUGUUUCUCAUUAUCUCAUUUUGUCAUAUCAUUGAUGAAGGUGUGGCCAAAUGUUGAAUGGUGAUUGGAUGGAUCUGUAAGAUUUCUUUUUAAUGAGUCAGAACUGUUCAUGGUUCAACACUAAUUCCCAUUCAUUCUUUAAUGGUUGUAUGCAAGUUUAUUUCUUUGAAGUCAUUUUUUUUAACAAAACAAGGAUCAAGCAUUAGAUACAGACAAAACAAUGUACAUGCCUCUUUUUUUGCAUAAUUGAUUCCGUUACAGAUUGUUUUCUCACCUGAUUGAAAUUAACAGCUGAUAUUUAUCAGUUGUUUCUUUUUUAUUUGAUUAGACAUAUGGUCAUCAUUGAUGCUCAAUUUCUUUAACUUUUUUCUCUUUUGCAAUGUUUUAAAUCGAGAUGGCUUUGUUAGUGUCAUAUUUUAUCCCUUUCUUACUGUUCUAUGCAUUGUAUUUAUUUUUGCUGGCUGCUUUAUUAUACUGAAGAAGGGAUGUGUUUGUGUGUUUAAUAGGAUGUUUUUACUAAUUUUAAGGGGACUUGGUCACCAUAAUGAAUUACAUGAUUUGUUUAAUAAUGAGGCAUUGAAAUAAUAUAGUGAUUGUAUUCAUACUAGGAAAUUUCAGUACUUGGCAAGAUUAUAUCUUAAUAACUGAACUCAAUUAAUGAAAUUAUAUCUGUCAAAAAGUGCUGAUCUUAUUAAAAUGAUGGUAAAUUUAUCCCACUGUAUUCAUAUAUUCGUGACACUCCUUUUAAGCUUGUUUGUUUUUCAAAUUGAGGUAUUUUGUUAGCCUUUGUAUCAUUGUUGUUAUCAGUCAUAAACAUUGACCUUGAUCAUAACGCAAAACUGUAAGAUAUUUUAAUGAAACUUGGUACGUAAGUUGCCAAAGACAAUAAGCACAUAUACAACCAGACCCAUAACUCGAGCUUAAAUAAUUAUUAAGUUAUGCCUUUUUUUUUACUGACAAACAACAUGAGUUUUGGCAUUCGCUGUAGGGUGCUCUUAUGUAGUGAUAAUGUGACACUUUUAUGAAUUGAAAUGGUUAUACUCACUUUUAUGUUGGUGCAAGGCUGUUUCUUCAUAGAAUGGUUGUUUUGUUUUCAUUUUUUGAUAUCACACAUUAUUCCCGAAGUAAUAUGAGGAUAUUUCUGUUUCGGAUUAACACAUAGCAUUCUUAUAAUUCUAUUUGAUAAAAUAUUAGUUUGUAUAAGAAUAAGGUUCAUAUCCGUGACAAAUGUUAUAAUUCAUUUAUAUAAUCAAACUUCACACAUUGUUUUUCAACGUGUAAAUACAUUUAAUACACUAAUAUUAGAAUGUAUUGCUAGUCACUUUGCCUUGUGAAGAUUUACCUCUAUGUAAAUUCAUUAUCACUGGAGUUUAUUUAUUCAUAAAAAAAAAUCCCAUUUUAUGGGGAAAUUAUUUUUGGAUUGAUUAUAUGAUUGCUCAUAUAUAAUUAAAUGUAAAUGCAUGAAAGAGUGUAUGUAAGUGCUUAUAUUAUUAGCAUGACUUAUUCAGUGAUAUCGCUACUAUUCUGAUGCCAGAACAUAUGACUGAUAUGGAUAUUAAAAUUGUAAAAUCCCA